CGUUGGGCGCAGCCGCGUGUCCGGUGUGUGUGCGGGGCCGUUAGCGGCCGCGCCGAUGGGGCCGCGCCUGGCGCUGCUGGCGGCGCUGCUGGGGCUGCUGCAUUCGCAGAUGCUGCUGCACAUCACGGUUCCGCAGAGGGUGCUCUCCAGUACAGCCGGACAGACGGACGCGGUGUCCUACGUCCUCAGCAUAGAGGGGAAGCCGUACACCAUCCGCCUAUGGCAGCAAUUCUUUUUAUCCGAUGAUUUCAAGGUUUACUCAUAUGACGAGAAGGGAUCCUUGCGCUCCAACUCGCCCAGUAUCAAGGGCGGCUGCUACUACCAGGGGUACAUCGAGGGCGUCCCCAGCUCCACCGUGACCCUCAGCGUCUGCUCGGGGCUCAGGGGCUUGCUGCAGUUUGAGAACGUCACCUACGGCAUCGAGCCCCUGGGUCAUUCUCCCGUGUUUGAGCACUUCGUGUAUCAGGUGAGGGAUGAGAACGUGGCAAAUGCCGCCUUUGCCAGCAGCCACCCCGACAGGGACCCGGUGGGUCUGGCGACGGAGGAGGUGGACGAAUCUCAUGGAGAUGACGAACCAGUGCCCAAGUUCCAGAGAGAGCUGGCGCUCCACAUCAUUUUGGAAAGGGCGUUGGUAAGUCUGCGCCACUCAGUUCCCGUUCUGUGUUGGUUUUCUCUGCCCUUGCUGUGCCGAAGCUUCACCGCGGUGUCCGCGUGGUCCCGCUGGUCUGUGCCGCGGGGCGCGUGUCGGUGGGCGCCAGCUGCCCCGUGUGCCUCAGCAUCCCGAACACACGAGAGACAACCUCGUGUCAUCUUUCAGUACGAGCACCUGGGUGAGGAUGACUAUGUUGUGACACAGAAGAUAGCUCAAGUCUCCAGCUUGCUCAACAGCAUGUUCAGGUAUCUCAAUCUGACGGUGACGCUGUCCUCCAUGGGGGUCUGGAUGGACAACAGCACGUUCAGGGCCAUGGCGGCUGGACAAGAAGCGCUGGCAUGGCUGCUGAAGUGGAAGAGGACCAGCCACGUUCUGAAGCCACACGAAAUGCCGUACCUGCUCCUGUACCGGCAGCAAGCGGCGUUCGUGGGCGCGAUGGUGCCGGGACAGGCGUGUUGGAGGGAGGCGUCUGGCGCAGUGGCCGUGCUUCAGGGCACCGUGACACUGGAGUCCUUCUCCAUCCUGCUGGCGCAGAUGCUGGGGCGCAGCCUGGGCAUCGGCUACGACAGGUCCCCGGCGUGUCGCUGCCCCGCGCCCGUCUGCGUCAUGAGCCCCCAGGCGCUACAUUCCAGUGGGGCAAAAGCCUUUAGCAGCUGCAGCGUGGCGGACUUUGCGCAGUUCCUGAGGCACAACAGGGACUGUCCGUUCAUCAGGCAGGUUCUGCCCCAGCUCUCCUACCGCGGAGCCACCGUCUGCGGCAACGGCGUGGUGGAUCCGGGCGAGCAGUGCGACUGCGGCACGGCCGAGAGCUGUCUGUUAGACAACUGCUGUACUCCCCAGUGCACGUUCAAACCGGGAGUGAAGUGCUCCGUGGGAUUAUGCUGUGAAAAGUGCCAGCUCAAGCGCCAGAACGCUCCGUGCCGCCCGCCCGCCGACGCGCAGUGCGACCUGCCCGAGCUCUGCGACGGCUCCUCCGCGUCCUGCCCGCCCGACCUGUACGUGCAGGACGGGCACGACUGCGAGCGCGGCACCGGCUACUGCUACAAGGGACGCUGCCGCUCGCCCGACCUGCAGUGCCAGCGGCUCUACGGGAGAGGUGCAAAAAAUGCUCCUUCGGCCUGUUAUGAAGAGGUCAACAGUCAGCAGGACAGGUUCGGGCACUGUGGCAACGACCCGAAGAGCGGCUACAAGCCCUGUUCCUGGCCGAAUCUGGCGUGUGGAAAGUUAGUAUGUACGUACCCGAAUCGGAUUCCCUUCAAAAGAGUCAAGGGUGCCAUAAUUUACGCUCAUGUGCAAGAACAUCUGUGUGUGUCUUUCGAUUUUAUGCGUGGCCCCACGGUGCCGGAUCCUCUCCUGGUGAAAGAUGGCACGAAAUGUGGUCCAGCAGAGGUUUGUAUCAAUGGCACGUGCCACCCACAUUCGGUCCUGAAGUACGACUGCAACGCGCAGGAAAAGUGCAACGGGCAUGGAGUCUGCAAUAACGAGAAGAACUGCCACUGUGACCCGGGCUGGAAGCCGCCUUACUGCAAGACUCAGGGAUCCUCUAUUCGCGGUAGCACCUACAGGGGGUCGCGUGCCGGUGAUGGCACCAAAAGAUCCCGCCUGGCCAUGCUGAGGAACGGGCUGCUGCUGGGCUUCGCCAUCCUCUUCCUCACUCUGUCCUGUAGCGGCAUCGCGAUUUGCAAGUGGAGGCGGUGGAAAAACGCGAAGAGGGGACAGCAAACAGAUGGCCCCGCGCCAGAGGAGGACGCGCCCGGCGGCGGCCGGGACACGGAGUCGGACACAGAGGCGGACACGGAGACGGAGCUGGACACGGAAACGGAGCUGGACAUGGACAAGCCGGAGCCAGACGCGGAGCCGGGGCUGGAGCGGGACACGGGACGGGAGCGAGACGCGGGGCCAGAAAGGGACACGGGGCUGCAGAAGGACACAGGACCGGAGCGGGACAUGGGACGGGAGCGGGACGCGGGGCUGCAGAGGGACACGGGACUGCACAGGGACGCGGGAAGUGAGCGGGACAGGGGGCUGCACAGGGACACGGGACGGGAGCAGGGCGCGGGUCUGCACAGGGACACGGGACGGGAGCGGGACGCGGGGCUGCAGAGGGACACGGGACUGCACAGGGACGCGGGAAGUGAGCGGGACAGGGGGCUGCACAGGGACACGGGACGGGAGCAGGGCGCGGGUCUGCACAGGGACACGGGACGGGAGCGGGACGCGGGGCUGCACAGGGACACGGGAAGGGAGCGGGACGCGGGUCUGCACAGGGACACGGGACGGGAGCGGGACACGGGGCUGCACAGGGACACGGGACGGGAGCGGGACGCGGGUCUGCACAGGGACACGGGACGGGAGCGGGACACGGGGCUGCACAGGGACACGGGACGGGAGCGGGACGCGGGUCUGCACAGGGACACGGGACGGGAGCGGGACGCGGGGCUGCACAGGGACACGGGACGGGAGCGGGACGCGGGGCUGCACAGGGACACGGGACGGGAGCGGGACGCGGGGCUGCACAGGGACACGGGACGGGAGCGGGACGCGGGGCUGCACAGGGACACGGGACGGGAGCGGGACGCGGGGCUGCACAGGGACGCGGGGCCGGAGAAGGGCGCGGGGCCGGUUCCGGGGCCGCGCCGCGGGCACUAAUAAAGGCGUUGGGUGCACCCGCGUGUCCGGUGUGUGUGCGGGGCCGUUACCGGCAGGUGGGGCCGUUGGCGGGGAAAUGAGGGCGGCGCUGGGGCUGCUGGGGUUCCUGGGGCUGCUGGCGCUACAGGUGAGGGCAGAGCCGGCUCCCAGGGUUCCUCUGCGCACCCGGACCUACAUCAUCCACAUCGAGAAGCAGCCCCGCACCGUGCAGCUGCGGCAGCAAGUGUUUUUGCCAGAGGAUUUCCGGAUCUACACCGUUGGCCGAGGGGGACUCGCGAAGUCUGAACUGGCUCAUGUCAAG